AUGUUUCGUGUCAUUCUUUCCGGCACGAUUUCCGCAGUAUUCGUCGGCAUGGCAGGCGCAUCAAUAGGGGCUGUGAUUUGGGAGACGGCGACGAUACCCUUCGUGACAGCGGCAUGUAGCGGCUUCGUCCUUGGGGCCGUGGGCUUCUACCGCGAUGCCGUGCGCAAGUCACUGCGCAGUCUCGAUCGCUACCCACGGCUGCUGCGUCUGCAUCUCGACGCCAACUUCCCACAUCGCGGUUUCGAGACUUGGCCGGUCGACAGGCUCUCCAGCAAUAUCUUUCGUCAGAGCUGGGUCUUGCGUAGUAUGCUGGUCGCUAGCUGGUUGACAGCCACGAGGUCCUUGGAU